UGCCGGCACGCCACCACAAAUGCGCGUCUGUUGUCGGAAUAAAAUCGAUUUUGCCGUUGAGAAUCCAGUCUUCUUAGGUGGGGAUAUUUAUAAAGAGACUGGUUGAGGCGAAGCCGCCAGCAUUACGUCGUAGGACGGGAGACUGGUGGCCUCCGCGUGUCAGCGCAUUAAUUCGUAAAACUCUCGAACGCGUAAUUCCAGCUGUAAAAAUCGACGCCGGUGACACAUAAAAUGAAGGUGCCGAAAGUGAAAUUUCACAACGGCAAUGAAGUGCCGAUUCUCGGUUUGGGCACGUGGAAGUCUAAACCAGGAGAAGUUACGCAAGCUGUAAAAGAUGCCAUUGACAUCGGCUACAGGCAUAUUGACGGUGCUCACGUUUACGGUAACGAGAAGGAAGUCGGUGCCGCUGUCCAUGCGAAAAUAGCUGAGGGAGUCGUGAAGAGAGAAGAUCUAUUCAUCACCAGCAAGCUGUGGAAUACCUUCCAUAGACCCGAUCUGGUUGAACCAGCCAUCAAAAAAACGUUAGCCGAUCUUGGUCUCGAAUACGUAGAUCUUUAUUUAAUUCACUGGCCAUUCGGAUACAAGGAGGACGGAGAGCUUUUCCCUACAAAUCCUGAUGGUACAACUGCUUUGAGCGACGUGGAUUACCUCGAUACUUGGAAAGCUAUGGAAAAGGUGCUGUCCAAAGGUCUGGCGAAGAACAUCGGCGUCAGUAAUUUCAAUUCCGAGCAGAUUACGAGAAUACUCGAGAAUGCAACGGUUAAGCCUGUUGCAAAUCAGGUCGAAUGUCAUCCAUAUUUAACGCAAAAUAAGUUGUCGGACUUUUGCAAGGAAAAGAACAUUCUUAUUACAGCGUACAGUCCACUCGGAUCACCAGACAGACCAUGGGCCAAGCCAAAUGAUCCAAAAUUGUUGGAUGAUAAGAAAUUAAUUGAGCUCGGACAAAAAUACAAUAAGACACCUGCACAAAUAGUUAUUCGUUAUCAAGUGGAUCGUGGUCAUAUAGUGAUUCCCAAAUCAGUUACCAAGUCACGUAUUGCUCAGAACAUGGACGUGUUUGACUUCAAACUUUCGCCCGAAGACAUUGCUUAUAUUGACACCUUUGAUUGCAACGGAAGAAUUUGUCCAGUAGAGGGAGCGAAACCCAGCCCCUAUUAUCCGUUUAAUAUUCCAUUCUAAACAAUCGGAAUGAAUAAGGAAGGCUUAAUAUAUUCUACGUGUGUUUUCUAAACUUUUUGAAUUUAAAUAUAUUUUUGAACUAUUAUUAAUUUGUGCGUAUAUAAAUAAUAUUAUUUUUCGUUUAUAAC